AUGGCGUUACCAAGCUCGGCUAAAACACUAGAGGUUUCCCAUGUCGCACCUUUAAAGACCUCACCAGAAUCAAACGUCCACUUCACUCUCCCUUUAACCUUUUUCGAUAUAAUAUGGUUCAAAUUCGCUCCAGUCGAGCGCGUAUUUUUCUAUGCUCUUCCUGAAACUAAACACACUUUCUUCAACUCUGUUCUCCCAAAGCUCAAACACACCCUCUCUCUCACACUCCAAUAUUUUCUACCUUUAGCCGGCAAAAUAACUUGGCCUCAAGAUUCACCCAAACCUGUGCUUCAAUACACUCCAGGCGACGUCGUUUCGGUCUCCGUGGCCGAGUCCGAUGCUGAUUUUGACCUCGUCGCCUCAAACCGCGCUUUCCAUGCCUCCUUGGUUCGUCCUCUGGUUUCCCCUUUACAUAUUUCUGAAACAGGGGCUUCGGUAAUAGCUCUUCGAAUCACUCUAUUUCCCAAUCGAGGAUUUUCUAUUGGCAUCACAACCCAUCACUCUGUUCUAGAUGGGAAAUCCACAACCAUGUUUAUGAAGUCGUGGGCUUACUUAUCUAAAGAAAAUCCUCCGUUAUUGCCGGAGCUCACACCCUUUUAUGACCGGAAUGUUAUUAAAGACCCACCUGGGUUUGACAUGAUAAAAUUCUUGGGAUCAAGUCCUGGAUCGACGUUAUCUGAUUGUAGAAAUAAUCCAAAACUGUUUGAAUUCCUUCAAUUUUCAAUCUUGGAUGAACUCACCGACUUAUAUCGAGCCACUUUUGAACUAAGCCGCUCCGAUAUAGAUAAACUCCGGCAAAGGGUAUCGUCCAAUUGGGAUAGCAGCUCAAAACCAAAGCUCCAUUUAUCAACUUUUGUUGUUACGUUUGCUUACGUCUUCGAUUGCAUUCUAAAAGCUACAGAAGGAGAUGAAAGUAAAAAGAAAGUUAUGUUCGGAUUCUCUGCUGAUUAUAGGAACCGUUUAAUCCCUCCGGUGCCGGAAAAGUACUUUGGGAACUGCGUAGGAUUCAAGAUGAAUUACGAGGACAUGAGAGAGCAAUUGGUUGGUAGGGAUGGAGAUUCGUUUAGUGCUGUUGCUGAGAAGAUCAGUGGUUUGGUGAAGGAGUUGGGUAAUUAUGAGAAUGAUUUUUUGAAAGAAGCAGAACUAUUGAUUUCGAAGAUGGGUUUAAUAGCGUCUGAAAAAUACUCCGGAGUUGGAGUAGCUGGGUCGCCGAGGUUCGGCGUUUACAGCAUAGAUUUUGGAUGGGGCCAUCCCAAGAAGGUAUCUUUCGUAUCUAUAGAAAAUGGUUCAAUUUCAAUGGCGGACUCUGAAAAUGGAGACGGCGGUGUUGAGGUUGGUUUGUAUUUGAAGAAACAACAAAUGGAUGUUUUUACUUCUGUUUUCCUCACCGGUCUUAGUCUUUAG